GUAUAAAGGACAUUUUGCAAGUGACUGAUGGACUGGUGUGGCUGCUGCUUGUUUCAGGAGUUCUCUUUAGUAGAGAAACACUCUCAGUUCAGAGAGGAGGUCUCUGUGCCGUACGGACAGUGGCUGGCCGAGCAUGACCGCUUCGAGGAGGACCAGAGAGAUAACUCUGAGAAGAAGGAGGAGAUGCUGAAGAAGUUUCACAGUUUCCAGCACUUGGCUGACCUGUAUCACGUCUAUCAUUCUGUCCAUCGCUUCAUGUUCCAACAUGCCAGAGACUCUCUUCAACAUCUCCCGCUUUCUCUUCCACAACCUGACCAGAGACGUUCCUGUGGGCAUCUCCAAAGUGUAUCCUUCACUCGCUGCACACACUCUUGAGGGUUUGAGACGCUCUUGUGCAUCAUAUAUUAGAGUUGAGUUGGGCUGAAGUGUUGACAGAGUUGUGUGUGUGUGUCUGAAUGUCCAAACACUGGAAGUAUGUGUAUGAUCAUGUCUGAUUCUUCAAAAGGACAGUGGAUAUAACUCAUGACCGUGUGUGAAGCAGCAGCAGCACCUCUCAUGGCUCACAAAGCUGGCCAGAUAUCUACUGUACAUCAGCAGUAUUAUCAAAUGUUGUAGAUACACUGUUUUGUAGCUCA